CAAGUUGCUUUCAAGUUCACAUUGCUCUCAUUUUACUGUCGCCUCGUUCUUUACACGAGCAUGGUAGGAUCUCUAGGCUAGUGAGGCUGCAACCUGGGUUCCUGACAGCCCAGGCCAGGGCAGUCAUGUGCUAAAGCGCGCGCUCGUCCCAGGCACUGUAGGUCAUGGCCUCAGACACCUGGGAGGCUGGAAGCCAGUUCCUGAGCAAGGAGCCACAGGGCUCGCGGUCCAUCGAUCGGAGAGAGUGAAAAGGAAGGGUACUGGUCUUCGGGGAAGGGCACCACGCGGCGAAAUAAGCGGGAGACGGAAUCAGGCCUCGGGAUCCGGCCCCUGAGAGGAGGGCAAGGCCACCGUAAAAGAUCGUCGCUGGGCGCUGGGCAGCUCAGAGCUUGGAGUGUAACACUUAGAGUAUAUCAUGUUGAAGAUGAGCGGGUGGCAGCGACUGAGCCAAGACCAGAGCCGGAACCUGAGGAGAGAGUGUUCCAGAAGGAAGUGUGUCUUCAUACAUCACCACACCUGAAAGUAGAACCUGCUCCCAACUGCAGAGAUGGCAGCUGAGUCAUUGCCUUUCACGUUUGGGACCGUGUCCAGCUGGGAGCUGGAAGCUUGGUAUGAGGACCUGCAGGAGGUCCUGUCCUCAGAUGAAAAUGGGGGUACCUGUAUCUUACCCCCUGUGAACAAAGAGGAAGAAUCGAAAACCUACACCACUCUUGACCCCUCAUCUCUAGCUUGGCUUACUGAGGAACCAGGACCAGCAGGGGUGACAAGCACCUCCAAAAGCCCUCAAUCUCCAGAUUCUAGUCACAGUUCUGUGGCUCAGGAGGAAGAGGAAGAAGACCAAGGAAGAACUAGGAAACGGAAACAGAGUGGCCAAUGCCCAGCCCGGGCUGGAAAGCAACGCAUGAAAGAGAAAGAACAAGAAAAUGAAAGGAAAGUAGCACGGUUAGUUGAAGAGAAUGAAAGGCUCAAGCAAGAAAUCGAGCACCUAACCAGGGAGGUAGAGGCCACACGCCGAGCUCUGAUUGACAGAAUGGUUAAUCUGCACCAAGCAUGAACAAUUGGACCAUCACUCCCACCUCUGGCUGCCUCCUACCUUUCCUGGUAUGGCUAUUGACCACUGACUGUCACACCAGUGCCAAUGAUGGAAUCCUCGGUCAACUGUAUGUGUUCAGUGGGGGAACACUUGAGGUAGAGCAAAUAAAAGGGUCUAGGCUUGUGUAUACAGACAGAUUGUACAUUUCUUUAUUAUUGUUCAUAUCGAGUAAAGUCACUUUCUGUGAA